UUCCCUUUCUUGACUUAGAGACUAAUGUCCACCUCCAUGGUACGGCGUUUGCUUGACCGGAAGCUGAUUUCGCAAUCGCUCUCCGUUCGUCCUCUUAUUAAAUUUCCUUUGAAAUUUAGAGUAGAUAGGAUCCAUUAACAAUUUAACAAACUUUCCAUUUUCCAAAAGAACUUUACAGUUCUCACUUCGCACUACGAAAAACUGAAGAAGUACAACGAAUGUGCCAGCUACUUAGCACUGACUAUUGAACAAGCAAGAUUUCGUCGACAGUCAUGGAGAUUGUCGUUGGGUCGUAUGAUUCUGCGAAAGUUGGGUAUCGUUUGAAACCGACGAGUGAAGGAACAAGCGGAGAGUUUCCAGCGGUAUUGGUUUUCGAACCGCGUUUCUCGGACGUUUCUCAAAUUGGAUGUAUCAGGUGCCUUUCAAUUUCGGAGAAAGGUUUUCUGGUAUCCGGGAGCACAGACGAAACCAUUCAUAUUCUCGAUUUGGAGCACGGGGCUGAUGUGGGCUCUUUAGUUAGCCACGAAGGAGAUGUGACGUGCGUGAGAUUCGCUGGGAAAGAUUUUUUAUACAGUGCCAGCACCGAUGGCACCAUCCGCAUGUGGAGAGCACGGAUAUGGGAAUUGCAGCGCACUUUCAAGGGCCAUAAGGGUGCUGUGCUGUCAUUUGAUAUUCACCCUUCAAAAAAGUUAGCGUUAUCGGUUGGCAGUGAUAACAAAUUGAUUGUAUGGGAUUUGGUUGCCGGAAAAUAUUCGUUCAUAAGAAAUUUACGGAAAAGCUUCGACUCAAUCCGGUUUAGUCCGACUGGGACAUUUUAUGUACUGAAGCGGGACGCUUGUGUAGAGAUAUUUAACCUGUCGUCCACGGAUUGCAUCCUUGCUCAUACAUUUCCGGAAAAGCUUGAAACUGUCUCGUUUAUUAGCGACAGUAUCCUGCUAUGUGGAAGUGGAACUGGAAAAAUCAGCUUGUUUUCUGUGGACUCGAAAUCCGUUAUCCUUGAAUUUCCUGCACACGAGUCGAGAAUUCGGGGAGCGGAAUUUAUCGUUUUAGAAAAAAAUGCUUUAUUUUUAAUCACUGCCUCAUCCGAUCAGUCAGUUAAGGCAUGGAACAUUGAUAUGACACAGAAAACCUGGAGAAUCCUGGGUGUGGUGAAUACAGGAUGCCGAAUAACGGCCUUAGCGAUAAGGCCUAUUCCAAACGAACUAGAUGCCUUUUUGGCCGCUGUAAUGGAGAAAGUAUCAGCUACUGUCGAAGAAAAAGAGUUACCAAUCGAAAGCGGGAAUGAAUCGGUAAUGCCGAAAUGCGGAAAACGAGUGCGGAAACAUUUGCAGACAGGGACAGAAUCAUCGAUUACCGGCAAGAAUACGCCCACAAAGAAGAAGAAACUAGUGAAAUAACACGGCAAUGUGAAAGCGCACGAAACUCUUCUGAUCUCGUACCAAAUUAGGUGUUUUCCGAUCGGAUCAGAUUCUGGUGCUUGAGUGCGGACGUUAUCACAUGAAUUGUUUGCUAUCUUUGAUUUUCCUACGCUUUUCGAAUGCUUAUACUGCCCUUGCUCAACUGCCCUGGCAUUGAUGCAGAUAAAAUUUCGAUU